AACAGUCCAAAUGAAAUUGAGUAUCCCCACAAGUAACUCCUUCCUUGCAGACAUGGACUUCGACUAGUUAUACAUGAAGAACACUGAUUUGCAGACAUCACAGAUAAGCUUCAAUGGCACUAGAUGCUCUAAACAUGUUGCUUCUUUUUCUACCUCUAUCUCUAUUCUUUUUCACAAAGAAGUUGAAAGCCGUGAGACAAAACAACAACCUCCCACCUGGCCCUCCCAAGCUUCCAAUCAUAGGAAACUUGCACCAGCUUGGUACUCUGCCACACCAAUCUUUAUGCAAGCUUGCCAAAAUAUAUGGCCCUGUAAUGCUUCUUCAACUUGGCGGUGUCCCAACUCUUGUAAUAUCCUCUGCAGAGGCUGCAAAAGUCGUCUUAAAGGUUAAUGAUCUUAACUCUUGCAGCAGACCUCUAUUGCCAGGAGCUCGAACACUCACUUACAAUUACCGAGAUGUAGGUUUUACGCCUUAUGGAGAUUACUGGAGAGAGAUGAGGAAAAUCUGUGUUCUUGAGCUUUUCAGUGCGAAAAGGGUGCAGUCAUAUCGGUCCAUCAGGGAAGAAGAAGUUGAUUCUCUCAUCAAUUUGAUAUCUGAAUCUUCAUCUUCUGCUACUCCUGUUAAUCUUACUGAGAUGCUCUUUUCCCUCACUGCUAGUAUAGUUUUCAGGAUUGCUUUUGGAACUACUUUCGAAAGGAGUGGUUUUAAUAACCAUAGAUUUCAUCAAGUGGUUCAUGAUGUGCAGGCUAUGCUGGGAAGCUACUCAGCUGCUGAGUUCAUCCCUUAUGUGGGAUGGAUUGUCGACAGGCUCUCUGGUUUACAUCAAAGGUUUGAAAGGACUUUCAACGAGUUGGAUCGGUUUUUCCAAUAUGUGGUUGAUAAUCAUCUCAGUGCUGAGAGAACAAAAACAGACCAUGAAGAUAUUAUCGAUGUGCUACUGAAAUUAGUUAGGGAGCAAACAGGGUUUGGAGCUGCUCAGCUCUCUCAAGACAACAUAAAGGCAGUCCUUUUGAAUGUGUUUUUAGGUGGAGUGGAUACUGGAGCAAUAACCAUGAUAUGGGCAAUGGCAGAGCUGGCUAAGCAACCAAAACUGAUGAAGAAGGCACAAGAUGAAGUUAGGACUUCCAUAGGAAACAAAGGAAGAGUCAGUGAAAGUGACAUUGAUCAGCUUGAAUACCUCAAGAUGAUAGUGAAAGAGACUUUUAGACUGCACCCUCCAGCUGCACUUCUUCUUCCCAGAGAAACCAUAUCACACUUUAAAGUAAAUGGUUUUGAAGUUCAUCCUAAAACAACAAUCCAUAUUAAUGCUUGGGCAAUCGGACGAGAUCCUGGUUACUGGAAGAGUCCUGAAGAAUUCAUCCCUGAACGGUUCGUUGAUAGUUCUACUGAUUUUAAAGGGCAACACUUCGAAUUAUUGCCAUUUGGGUCUGGACGAAGAGUUUGUCCUGGUAUUUAUAUGGCAACAACAAUGGUGGAGCUUGGACUUGCAAAUCUGCUAUACUGGUUUGAUUGGAAAUUGCCUGAUGGAAUGAAAGAGGAAGAUAUAAACAUGGAAGAGGAAGCUGGUAUUUCACUUACCAUCUCUAAGAAAAUUGCUCUCAACCUUGUCCCUGCCAAGUACUCUGGAACGCAUCAGAAGAUAGCUUGAGGAGAAACCCGUACCUGUAGAAGAUCUGCUUUUAAGAGUAUAAGAAGCUACUAUUUUUUCAUGAUAAAUAAUCAAAGUUCUGUUGCUUUGGUCAAUAAUCUAAACCAGUAGUAACCUGCUUGCGUUGGGUCUACGUACUAAAAUAAUAUGCAUUGUAAAAUCUCUCUA